AUGUACGAAACUUUUAGAAUUGGAGUAUGGGUCACCAAAGUAAAAUUAAAUAAAUUGAGAAUCGAUCAGUUCAUGGAGUUCCUGAAACCACACAAUAUCGAAAUCGCCAUUAUUGCUGACGAUUUCUGCCAACUGUUACCUGAAAUUGACAUAUCAAAAAUUGAUUUUCUUCUAUACAAACUUUCCGACAGCAUUCUGACAGCAAAAUCAGUUGAAGAAAUUUGGAAAAUGGUGAGAGAUUUCUGUGCAAAACAUCCGGCAAUAGACUUAUUCGACGAUGUUGAAAUGUCCUGGACACUUCUGAACCGCAUCAAAACGAACGAGCUGAUUAUACGAACGUGUAGGGAACUUGGCUGUAUUGUAAAUUGUUUUCCGAGUGUGGAAGCCAAAUCGUCUUCAGUGCAGCAAGAUCUGAGCGAUUUUGUGGCGAGUCAUGAUUUGAAGUAUCCUUUAAUAUGCAAACCAAUGUUAUGUAGUGGUGCUUCAGAGGCUCAUAGGAUGACGUUAGUUUUCACCGAGAUGCAAUUGGUGAAGUAUUUGCAGAGCAAUCCGCAAGCUGAAGUUUCAAUUCAGAGGUUUAUUAAUCACGAUUCGUGUCUCAUUAAAGUUUACGUUAUCGGAACACAUAUCUUCAUCUGUCAGCGACCUUCUGUCAAAAACUUCCACCCUUCAUCUUACCCUGAAGUCUACCUCAAUUUUCUGACACCCGAAGUCUCUAAGCCUAACAGCACAAGCGAUUUGAUUGGUGAACGGACUAAAGUUAACGUGGAUAAAAGCGUGAUGAAAAAACUCGUUCAUGAAUUUGUUCAACUGACUCAGCUUUCCCUAUUCGGCAUGGACUUAAUCAUGUGUCGUGAUACUAGAAAUUACUACGUAAUAGACGUAAAUCAUUUCCCUGGUUAUGAGGAUCUGUUUAGAAAUUACCCGGUUGAAUAUGUUUUUGAAAUGUUUCUGUCAUUGUUUAGAAGAGCGCGAGACAACACGCUAUUUCCAAUAAAUAUCGAAGAAUUCCAUGUUCAUGAAGUUAGCUAA